AUGACGACCUCGACCAUCAUUCCCAGGUUCCUCCUGCCGGCACUGAGCCCCAUGUGGCGUGCCGCAGCUGUCCGAUCGACCGGUCGUCCGGCCUCGGCGGCACUCCGUGGCAACGGUGUCUGGACCGUCCGAUACGCCUCGACGAAGUCCAGCGCCGGAGGCCCGAAGAAGAAGGGGCCCAUCGUUCUCGAGAAGCCAGCCAAGUUCAACCCACCUUCUCACGGCUCUAGACUGCCCAAGAGUGGCCCAAAGCACUAUGGCGGCCAGUUGAGCGCCCAGGAGAAGCAGGCGCAGCGCGUGAAAGACUACCCCGGCCUGAUGGCCCCCGAGGGAACGUGGGCGCACUGGUUUGUGAACAGUCGGGCGAUUCACCUGGUCAUCACCUUGGGAACUCUCACGACGCUGGCCAUUGCGAGCUUGUACCUCAACUUCACCCACACGUCUCCUUUCAAGCACCUUCUCCCUCCCGCUUCUGAGUUCUGGAGCCACCCGAUCGACUUCGUUGGGACCUGGAUUAGGGUCCUACAGCUGCACGAGCGCGAUCGCAACGAGAAAGCCAUUGCCAUGCACACACGCCACACCGACGACGUCGCGAAGCGUCAGUACUACCGCAAGGAGCACGGUCUGGACAAGGAGAACCCCAUUGCUAACUUCCUCGGCAUGAAAGAGGAGUCUGGCGAACCUGUUCCGGCUGCUGAUGCUUCGCCCGCGGCUGGAAAUGCCGAGGUGAAGCCCGCAGAGGGCGAGAAGAAGAAGAAGUGGUUUGGCAUCUUCUAA